GCGCGCGGAUGGCCGUCGCCGCCCCCGACCCACCAGACGCCGCCGCCCGCCGCCUGCACGGACCAUCGGAACAAAGGCGUUCACCCAAGUGAAAAGGAACCCCAGACCCAGAAUCGACGCCAGAAAAGGUCCGUUUUUUAGGCAGCACCACCUCACGUAUAUAUCCCGUCCCGGCUCCUCCCCCAGUCAGCCAAGCCCAAACCCAAACCCCCCGUCGCUGCGCGCCAAAUCGCUCGCCGCUUCCAAGCUUCCCUCCUACUCCUACUCCUGCCUUUCUCCGUUCUCUUCUCGCCGCGUACGACUCACCAGAACGCCACGCCAAGCUAAAGCCACCGCCGUCAGCUACCGGCCGGCCUAGGUUUCCCGAAUCUCACUUCCGUCCGGCCCCAUGGCGGCGGCGUCCCUCGCCGCCGCGCGCUUCGCCGGCGAGCCCUCCAAGGCGCCGGCGGCUGCGGCCGGAUCGGCGCGGCCGCGGCCCGGGAGGCUCGCGAUGCGCGCUCCUGAGCUGCGGCGCCGGUGCUCCGUCGCCGUGCGGUGUAGCGGAGGGGCGAGGCUGUUCGGCGAUGGGGGUUUGGAGGGAGGGGAGGCGGAGGAAGGGGGGAGGUUCGUCGGCUGGUUCCGGGAGGCCUGGCCUUACAUCCGGGGCCACCGGGGGAGCACCUUCGUCGUCGUCAUCUCCGGGGAGGUCGUCGCCGGGUCCCAUCUCGACGGCAUUCUGCAGGAUAUAUCGCUUCUACAUGGUCUUGGGAUCAAAUUUGUGCUUGUUCCUGGAACACAUGUUCAGAUUGAUAAGCUCUUGGCUGAGAGAGGAAAGACACCCAAUUAUGGUGGUCGUUACCGUAUUACAGAUUCUGAUUCAUUAGAUGCUGCAAUGGAGGCAGCUGGCAGAAUACGUCUUACUAUAGAAGCAAAACUGUCUCCUGGUCCCCCAAUGUUAGAUCUUCGUCGACAUGGUGUUAAUGGUCGUUGGCACGAAAUCUCGGAUAAUGUUGCAAGUGGAAACUUCCUUGGUGCUAAGAGAAGAGGAGUUGUUGGUGGCAUUGACUAUGGAUUCACUGGUGAAGUUAAGAAAAUCGAUGUUUCACGGAUAAAAGAAAGACUUGAUAGAGAUAGCAUAGUUGUUGUGAGCAAUAUGGGAUACUCCAGUGCAGGAGAGGUGUUAAAUUGCAACACUUAUGAAGUUGCAACGGCAUGUGCUCUAGCUAUUGAGGCAGACAAGCUUAUCUGCGUUGUCGAUGGCCAAAUAUAUGAUGAGCAUGGCCGAGUCAAUCGUUUCAUGUCUAUCGAGGAAGCAGAUAUGCUCAUCAGAACACGUGCUAAGCAGAGUGAGACUGCUGCAAAUUAUGUCAAGGUCGUGGGCGAGGAGGAUAUAAGUUAUGCCAUUAACUUUCCUAUCAAAGAGGAGAAAGAACAAGUAUGGAACGGGAGGGACUUCAUCGGUGAUUACACUGCAUCCUUCCGCAAUGGUGUGGGUUUUAACAAUGGAAAUGGUCUGUCUGGUGAGCAAGGGUUUGCUAUUGGAGGGGAGGAGCGGUUGAGCAGAUCAAAUGGUUACCUUUCAGAGUUGGCUGCAGCAGCAUAUGUAUGCCAUGGUGGUGUCCAGAGAGUUCAUAUCAUAGAUGGCACGGUUGGAGGAUCAUUGUUGUUAGAACUAUUCACAAGAGAUGGUGCAGGAACGUUGAUAGCUAGAGAUAUGUAUGAAGGAACAAGAACUGCUAGAGAGGAAGAUUUUUCUGGCAUUAGAAAAAUCAUUCACCCCCUAGAAGAAUCUGGUGUCCUAGUGCGGCGAACAGAUAAAGAGCUUUUGGAAGCACUGAAAUCUUUUAUUGUUGUCGAAAGAGAUUGUUCAAUCAUUGCAUGUGCUGCUCUCUUCCCCUUUUUUGAGGAUAAAUCUGGGGAAGUUGCUGCUAUAGCUGUAUCUGAAGAAUGUCGAGGACAGGGUCAAGGAGACAAGUUACUUGAUUAUGUUGAGAAGAAGGCAUUAUACCUUGGUCUCGAGAAAAUAUUCUUGCUUACCACGCGGACAGCAGAUUGGUUUGUCCGGCGUGGCUUCAAGGAAUGCUCAAUGGAAUCCCUCCCAGCGGAGAGGAGAAAACGGAUCAAUCUCUCGCGGGGAUCAAAAUAUUACAUGAAGCGGCUCCAGCCAGCAGAGAUUGGACAUAUGGCUGCUAAUAACUUUGCCAUGAAAUGAUUUCUGGAGGCAAACAGUAUAGCAAUCUAGUUGCUGCAUAUGAGGUUCAAUAUCAUAGCUUCUGCAGCAGUUGUACAUCGUAGAAUCGUGUAUGGUAUAAAGUCAAGUGAAUAGUUGAUAGCCAUAAUGUUUAUAGAGUAGCAGUCCACCUCAGCGUUGGUACAGUAGGAGUAAUAUUUUUCUGGUUCAUACCUUUGAGGCGUCUGGUGUCUUGUGGUGCCGUACUGGGAGACAGUACAAAGAUCAGCCUCCUUUGGUCGUUACCAUGAGAAAUGGAACUGCUUGGUGUCCAAAUCUUAUUUGGAUGCUGCGUGUCAGAGAGUU